UGAUAGGACUUCCGCUUCCUGUCUUUCCUCUUUACGCCGUCUGCCAAGAUGGUGAAUGUCCCCAAGACCCGGAGAACCUACUGCAAGAAAUGUGGGAAGCAUCAGCCCCACAAAGUGACGCAGUACAAGAAGGGUAAAGACUCCCUGUAUGUCCAAGGAAAAAGACGUUAUGACCGCAAACAGAGUGGUUAUGGUGGCCAGAGCAAGCCUAUUUUCAGGAAAAAGGCCAAGACCACCAAAAAGAUUGUGUUAAGAUUGGAGUGUGUCGAUUCAAACUGUCGUUCCAAGAGGAUGUUGGCCAUAAAGAGAUGUAAACACUUUGAGCUCGGUGGAGACAAGAAGAGAAAGGGACAAGUUAUCCAGUUUUAAGCUGUUUCGGCAUAUGGUGGAUUGAAAUAAAAUUGUCAAAUCAGA